AAUCAAAAAUUGAAAAUCCCAUUAUCGCUAAGUGAAAAAACUAAAAUGACCCAUAUAUGAGAUUUGAGAUUGAGCGUUUGUUAACCUAGCCGUCCCUGUCAAAUAUCACGGUUUUCACUCUUCACCCUCAAACCCUCUCCUCUCACGGACUCACUGUCUCACCAUUCCACACUGCUGACUGCCACCGCCACCUCCCACCCCCUUAGUCCUUCACCGCCACCUCUCACGGACUCUCGACGUCACCAUCACCGCUCACCGUAGCAGGGACUCGUCGCGCCACUGAGUCCUCGCCGUCUUCCAAUGUUCGCCAUCUUCGCGUCUUUGCCGGUCUGCACUGGUCUUCGCUGGUCAUCUGCUCUUUCGUCGGUGGCAAAUAAGGUAGGUGAAAUGAGCAAGUAUAGCUUAAACCUUAGGCAUGUAAAACAGAAGCAGCAACCAAAAAGGCCUCCCCUUGGAGCACCUUUUGGAUUCAAUGAUGAUGAAGAGAAAGAUGUCGAGAGAGAAAUCACUCUCCAAGGUUGAGGGGCAGCAAAAGAAAGCCUUAGAAGAAGAUCCAACUGUAUUUGAUUAUGAUGGAGUCUAUGACAAAAUAAAAGAGGAAGUUUCCCGCCCAUUGAUACAAGAUCGCAAAGAGAGAAAAGUAUGGUUACAAAGGACUUUUUGCAUGAUUUUUAUACAACCCUUGAUAAAAUUGUUGCACACGGUGCACAAGAUCCUCGAGGGAGGAAACAUGAGAAUCGAGCAGAGCAAAGAACUGCAGAGACAUGCGAAAGUGGAAGCCAAGGUAAUCCAUGACAGGGAAAGUGGAAGAUCAAGAGGCUUUGGAUUUGUGACUUACAGCAGCCUUGAAGAGGUCAACAGUGCUAUUGAGUCCUUAGAUGGCGCGGUAACCGGUAAGCAUGCGAAUCUAGUCCUAGUAUCCCGUUUGCUAAUCACAAAUAACAAUUUAAUGAGUUUGAACUUGUCCAUUUGUAUAUGUUACAUCAUAUCAUUGUUUGAUUAUUUUGUAUUAGUUAUUUGUUCUUUUGUUCUUGAAAACAUGAAAAAGCUAAUAUUUCUGCAUUUUCUUAUUGCGACAUGUAUAUACUUUUUUUUCUGUUGUUCUAUGGAAUCAUGAGCUUCUCGUGACAUGAUUUCCACAAUAAUAUGCGUCAAAGCAUGGAUGAUGAAUUUCGUGACAUUGUUGGUGUUAGGUAAUUGUUCUAAGAUGCAUUUGGAGCCUUUCUUUAAUUAGCCUUUCUCUAAGAUGUUAUUUAUUGGUUUUUUUUUUUGAUAUUUUUGCAUAUAAUUGACAACAUUGGUGAAACUGAAGGUUGGUGGAAUUGGACAUGUUUUUUGUGCAGUGGAUAUGCCAAGUCUUAGGUGUUUGUAUUUUUCAUUUUUUUUUUAAUUUUCAAUGUGCAACGAGGAAUUGAGAUGUGUAAUGUAUAAUGAAUUUUAUAGAAGCAGUAUUAUAUUUGUACAGCCAGAUUGAAACAUCUCUAAAGAAGUGAGUGAAUACGUACUUUUAUAUGAUAUUGUAACUGA